GUUUGCGGCUCCGAUAGAUCCUUGGAGCAACGAACAAACAUGAGCUUGACGCUGCUUCAAGGCUAUUCUUCUGCAGAAGAAGAAGAAGCAGAGGAGAGAGCUUUUGGGGAUUACGAGAACUCUGAAGAUGAAGAUAAUGGUGUUCGGAGAUAUGAAUCGUCUUCUGUGUUUGAUUUCUCUGCAUCUGCCUCCUCCGCUAAACACUCCGGCCUUCCUUCAGCUGACGACGUUUUCUCUCAGAUUUCAGGGCCACCGGAGUUUCUAAACAACCGCACAGAAGCGGAUGAUGAAGCUUCAGCUAGAGAUGCAGAACAUGCACAGCGUAUUAGUCGCAAAAAGAAGAAAGUUAAACCAAAAGGUGUUGUCAUGGAAGCAAAACCUCAACUAGUAGGAAUCCAUGAGAGAGUAAGAAACGAUAUUGAUGCACCACCAUCUUCAGAGAGUGGUGAAAAGCGGAUAUCUACUGCAACCAAUCCUAAUGCAGAAGAAUCUGCAGAUCUCUUGAGGAUGUGUUUGCAAUGUGGUGUACCGAAAACAUAUACAAGCGCGAGAGGAAUGGUAUGCCCAAUUUGUGGUGACCGGCCAUUACCGGACGUAGACGCGAAGAAGAAAGGCUCUACGAUCAAAGAUAAAGAGAAGAGCAAAAGAAUGAGAGGACAAUCCUCUCACGCUUCUUGGAAAAGUGAAACCGAGAUGCAACUAAGGCAAACUUUCGAUUAGAGUGUUUCGGAACUUUCUUUCUCCUUUUACUACAUUCUAGUCCAAUUCCCAAUUUCUGUAAUGUAGCUUGUGACACAAAGUUUAAUCUUUUAUCUACACGAUUGUUGGGGUUGGUAUUGCUUCGGAAUAUCUAAAUUCGUCAAAGUGGAAAUAUAUUUAUGAGAUCAUC